CCUAAUUUCAUUAAUUGAGACACUUUAGCAGCAUCUACUUCAAUCCGUUUUGUUAGCAGCGUCUCAUUGUUGAACCUUCUUCUUCUUUCAGAAAGCUUCAAACAGAAAAUAAUUACAACCAUCGAAAUAAAAAAAUGAACAGAUUUUAGUACACGAUCGGUCUCGUCACGUUCGUUCACUGGGCGCUGCCAUGUUGCAAGUAACUCUCGUGUCCUCCUCAAAUCUCGUUUGGAAAACCAAAGUAUUCUUCAUAACAUUGGAUCGUUUUAGCUCUUGGUGUAUAAUAUUAUGGUCAAUAUUAUAUCCAAGACAAGUUGGUUCCGGCUUUGAACCCAAUUUAUCAUCAACUCCACCAAAAUCUGUCCUCGGCUCUUCAGGUCAUGUGAUUAGGCGAGAGUGUAUUGUACAGUCUUACCUCCAAUGGUUACAAGACAGUGAUUAUAACCCAGUUUGUACAUUAUGUCAGAGGUCUUUAGCAGAUGAAGAUGCUGGAAAUUGUGUGCGACUUUUGUGUUAUGAUGUGUUUCACUGGUCAUGUCUGAAUGCAUAUGCCCAGCAACUCCCAGCUAAUACAGCACCUGCUGGCUACCAGUGUCCUGCAUGUAAGACUGGAAUAUUCCCUGCAAAUAACAUAGCUUCACCAGUGGCAGAUGCUUUACGGACUUUGUUGUCAGAAGUGAACUGGGCACGUGCAGGACUGGGAUUACCAUUAAUAGAGGAGCCAAGUCUGCCCCCUUUGCCCCCUCCCCCAGUAGUGUCACAGUCACCAGAGCAGAGCUUACCCAGUCAGAGUAAUGGUAUUAGUCAGUCAUUACCAGCACAGAACCAUAUCCAGGCAGAUGGCUUUAUUGGGCAAUCCUACACAGCUGGACACACCAGCUACCCAACUCCCAUUUCUAGUAAGGUGGACACAAGGCAAUACCAAGGACACAGUGCCAUGCCAAAACCAACCAUGCACAGCGUAGUUAAUGUAGAUGACAUGCCUCCUUAUUCUAGGGAAAAAGCUAAUCCGAGAAGACUGUUUGAAGGCACUAAUGACAUGGACUUGCUCAACAUGUCUAAAGAUCAUGAUGAAGACAAAUAUAAAAGAAGACCCGCUCUGCAUUGGUUAUCCAAAUGGUUUAAAUCAAGAGAAGGGAAGAACAGGAAAGACCCAUCAUCAACAUAUAAAAAGUUCCUUGUAGUAUUAGUCAUUGGAUUAUUAGGAUUCAUUACAGUUAUAUUGAUAUUCUCAAAAAUGGGGAAGGCGGCAUCUGAUGAAGAUCCCUUCUUAGACCCAAUGGCUAACCCAAACAUAAGAGUGAAUGAAGGGGAAUGAAUGUGUAUUUUAUGUGACUGGAUUUUUUUACAUCGGCACUUUAUAUUCCGUUAAAUGAAAGUUUUUUAACAGGUCACCGUAAAGAUUUUUUUCCAGCAAAGCAAUGUGUUAUAAAAGAAAAAAAAUGAUAGAAUAUAAUGCAAAAUAAGGUUUCAAAAGAAGAAAAAACCAGACAUCUCCAAAAUUUGACAAACUUUUUCUUUUUCAACAUUCACAUUCCAACUAGCAGACAGUAAAAACUUCACAUCAGACAAGGAUUUAAUCCAUAAAAAGAACUAUUUACUCAUGUAUAUUUGUACAUAUGUUUUGUAUAUAUAUUACUAAAUCAUAUGGUGAUGAUAGAAGGGAAAAGUGUACGGUUGUGGAAUUGCAUUUGAGCUGGGGGUGGUCCCAUUUUUUGUUAUAAAUUUAUUUUAUUCCUUGAAAAUAUUUGCUAACAAACUAUGUAUAGUAACUUUGUUGAAUCCAAGCAAGUUAUUAUUUUGAAAUGCUAGUGUAAUGUUAAGUCUUGUCACGGAACAAACGCAUACCUUCCCUACCAGUAAAUUGGUAAUGAUUAUGUUGAAUAGCUUUUAUGCAAUAUGUAAGGAGUGUACCAUAGGGAUUGGUAUUAAAUAUUAAUAAACCCGAGGAACACUCCUCAAUGUAAAUUUUAA